GGCCCCACCUGAGGCAAGAUAAUGUUCUUCCUCUUCUCAGGGAAAAUCCUCAGUCUGAAGUCAGAGCACCAUGGAACUAGCACCCAGGAAAGGCUUCUAUAUUCAAGAGAUCAAUAAAACAAAAUGGGAAGUGCCCGUACGCUACAAAGAACUGAGAGCUGUAGGUUCUGGGGCAUAUGGAACUGUGUGCUCAGUCAAGGAUACCGUCACCGGGGAACGCGCUGCCAUAAAGAAAUUGCAGCGGCCAUUUCAGUCACUGGUACAUGCCAAAAGGGCCUAUCGGGAGCUGCGCCUACUCAAGCACAUGAACCAUGAGAAUGUAAUUUCCCUUCUGAAUGUCUUCAGUCCUGAUGAGUCUGUGGAAUCAUUUCAGACCUUUUACAUGGUUAUGCCAUUCAUACCCUUGGACUUGUCACGGGUCAUGAAGAUGCAGAAACUAAACCACAGCAUGAUCGUAUAUCUUCUCUAUCAGAUCCUGCGAGGGCUCCAGUAUAUUCACUCCGCUGGCGUUGUGCACAGGGACCUAAAACCUAGCAAUCUGGGAGUGAAUGAAAACUACGAGAUUAAGAUUUUAGAUUUCGGGCUGGCUCGGCAGACAGAAAGUGAGAUGACUGGCUACGUAGUAACUCGCUGGUACAGGGCUCCGGAAAUCAUCUUAAACUGGAUGCAUUACAACCAAACAGUGGACAUUUGGUCUGUUGGAUGCAUCUUGGCUGAAAUGAUCACCGGACAUGUUCUGUUCCCAGGCGGAGACUAUUUUGAUGAGUUAUAUAAGAUUAUUGAAGUAAUAGGAAGUCCACAACCGUCGCUGAUCAACAAGAUGGAAAGUAAACAUGCUCAGGACUACAUGAAAAUGCUCCCGCAGAAGCAGAAGAAGAAUUUUAAAGAGUUCUUCCCAACCAUGAGCGCAUUAGAGAUUGAUCUCCUGGAGAAAAUGUUGGAUUUAGACCCUGAACAGAGGUUAUCUGCCACAGAAUGUCUGGCACACCCUUACCUAGAGGAAUACCACGACUCCGAGCCUGACCCACCUGCCGAGAAAUAUGACGACUCGUUUGAAAGUUUGGAUCUUCCGAUCUCAGAAUGGAAAAGUUUAAGUCACAUGGAAAUCAUGACGUUUGAGCCCAAGAGCCUGAGCCAACAGGCUACAUGACCGGAUUGGCCCAAGUCCUCUUCAUCUCCUAGACAACUCCUGGAACUUGGAAACACUUCCAGAAGUCUUCAGCACAAAAGCAAUGAAGUUAAUUCAACAAGGAAAGGUGGAUUUCUAUUACAAGCUAAAAGGCUUUACCAGCUUGUCCAUCUGGGGGAGCAACUAUGGAAAUAUGAGAAAGCACAGGAAAGGCUGCGUCUUGCAUUUGUUCCAGCUAAGGCCUAUUGUUGGUGUAGCAUUAAUGGAUGACACUGUGUAACAUCUACAAAUAUGAUACAUGAUAAUGCAAUCAGACUGUAGCUGUGA